UUGAGUAUUUUUAUAGCCUUUUUCCCAUAUGGGUCUCCUUUUAAUUCUCUCAUUCUCUCUUCUCUCCCACUUCAAUUUCAUCAUAUCAUCCUCUCUUUCUUCUUCCCAUUUCUCUCAAACCAAUUAGGCUAUUCAUAUAUCUCUUCAAAGAGCUCAGAUUCUUUGAGGGUUGUUUUUUGAAGAAGAAGAAGAAGAAGAGGAGGAGGAGAGAGAGAGAGAGAUAGUGACUAAUUUUGGAGAGAAUCAAAAGACAUAUGUACCCAUGUUUUGAUGUUUUUUCUUUCCUUUGUUUUUCUUUUGAAACCAAAUGAAGGGUUUCAUAAUUCCUUGUUGUGGCUAAUUCAGUUUGAUUCCAAAGCCAAAGAGAUUAUCAUUUAGGAUUCUUUUUUGUUUUUAAAUUUUUUUUGUAACUUUGGCUUUUCUUGUAUUAAUAUAUCUCUCUCUCUUUCUCUAUUCCUGAGAAAAGGGUUUGGAUUUUAAUAUCUACAAGAGUCUACCACCAAGAAGACAUCUCUCUCUCUUUCUCAAAACCCUAAACAAACAAAAAACAGAUCAGAUUGAUUUAUCAGUUUUUGGUAUUUUUUGUUGUUUUUAUCUUUGUUGGAGUUUUCUUCAAAGGCAUUUCACUUCCAAAAAAAAAAAAAAAAAAAAAACACGUUUUGGUAAUAUGUUUGCUGCAACAAUGUCCAAUUCAACUUCUUUGUCUGAAGAAGCUAGUGUCUCUUCUACCACAAGAAUCCACCCUGAUUUCACCUCCUUAAACCCUCUCCUUCCAUCUUUUUCUGAUAUUCAUCACCCUCCACAAAAGGUCAAGAAGAAACGAAGCCUCCCCGGUAAUCCAGACCCGGAUGCGGAAGUGAUAGUGCUUUCACCAAAAACACUACUAGCAACAAAUAGAUUUGUAUGUGAGAUUUGCAACAAGGGCUUUCAAAGGGAUCAAAAUUUGCAGUUGCAUAGGAGAGGGCACAAUUUGCCAUGGAAAUUGAAGCAAAGAAACAACAAAGAAGUGAAGAAGAAAGCUUAUGUUUGUCCAGAACCAAGUUGUGUUCAUCAUCAUCCUUCAAGAGCAUUAGGAGAUCUCACAGGAAUCAAAAAACAUUAUUGCAGAAAACAUGGUGAAAAGAAAUGGAAAUGUGAUAAAUGUUCUAAAGUCUAUGCUGUUCAAUCUGAUUGGAAAGCUCACUCCAAAACUUGUGGCACUAGAGAAUAUAGAUGUGAUUGUGGAACCCUUUUCUCCAGGAAGGAUAGCUUCAUAACCCAUAGAGCUUUUUGUGAUGCAUUGGCUGAAGAAAGUGCAAGGCUCUCAGCUAACCAAUUGGCCAUGGCGGCUGCCGCCGACAUCAACAUAAACUCGUCUUCGACCACCUCCGCUCAAUCGCUCUUUCCUUAUGCUAAUCACCAUCAAUUCUCGAACUCGUCAUUGUCACUGCCAACACCGCUGUCACAAACCCACAUGUCUUUAAACCCUUGGGACCAUCUCCAAAACCCUAACCCUAAUCACACGCUCCAAAUCAUUAAGCCAGAGGAGUCAAAUUCUCAUACUUCACAUUCUCAUAAUUUUCACCAAAUUCCAAAUUGGCCCCUCUCUAAUUCCUCCUCUUCCAACAACAACAACAACCCUUUUGGUCUAAUCCAGGAUCACCACCACCAAAGGGCAGGCUCAUCCUCCUCCUCUUCCAUGAUAACCUCACCCUUUAGAAACCUCCACGUGUCAGUCCACCCAGGAUUAAAUGCUGCCACGUCAGCUCACUUGUCAGCGACAGCCCUACUCCAAAAGGCAGCAACAGUUGGCGUUGGCGCUUCAAAAUCCGGUCACCAUCAGCCCGAGUCAGUGGGCCACAUUACUCACUUCAACAUGCCCAACAUCCCCGAGUUCGGACCACCGAAUCAAAUUGACUCACUGAGUCAACUCGGUCCCGACUAUACCACGUGGCAGAAGACUGACCGGCUGACCAGGGACUUUCUCGGUCUGACUGGAGAUGGGAACGGCGGCGUCGGCGGUACUGAUGGUGGAUCUGGCGGCGGUGGAGUGGUACAAGUUAGCAUGAGAGUUAAGGAUAUGCUAUCGUACGCAGGUGGAAUGGAGAUGUUUAAGCCUCACAACAAUAACAAUAAUAGUAAUAAUAAUAAUAAUAAUUUUGGAUAUGCGGAGCCAGCUGCCAAUGAAACCUGGGGAGACUGUUGAAUUCUUCUUCUUCUUCUUCUUCUUUUUGGAAGCUUAUUAAAUUUUAUGAAUGUUUUUCCUUUAUAUUUGAUCCUGUUACUUUUUGUAUUUUUAUUUUUGUAUGACUUAUUUUUAAUCUCUAUAAAACUUUGCAAGAAA